AAGAAUCUUCUGGUUUCAGCUGAUUUUUAUUCCACUGAUUGUCAAUUAUUCUUUGUUUUUUCAUUUCACUAGUUUGUCAUUAAAUUGUGUAUCACUUGAAUGCGGUGGAACGUGGAAACAGUGUGUGUCGGAUCCUCGCGUUGGUCCUCGAAGGCAGCACUCUGUUUUCUCCUCUCACUCUUCGCAGCAGCAGAACACUGAUGGGAUGGAAACACCGGGGGAAAGAGUUUCUGCAGUUGUUUAAAAUUAACUUUCUCCUGUGCGUGUUUCUGUGAUUUUGAGGAUCUUUUCUCAACUCUUUGCUUUUACAACAGUGCGCCGGGAUGUUUUAUGCACUCCUGCUCGCGGCGCUCGGUGUUUUGGCGCGUUUGGACACUUUUACGCACGGCUGCCAGCUGCCAACCGAGUGGCGCCCGCUGAGUGAGAGCUGCCGGGCGGAGCUGGCGGAGAUCAUCGUGUACGCCCGCGUCCUGGCGAUCCACCGGGAGCCCCUCUUGGGCGACGGGGCGGGCAGCCUGUACAACUCGCUGCCUUUCCCCUUCGGGUACGGCUACGAGGGCGCAGAGGAAGGACUGCUGUACUCGGCGGAGGUGGAGUUGCUGUGCGACCAGGCAUGGGGCAGCAUGCUGGAGGUGCCCACGGGAUCCAGACUCAACCUGACCGGACUGGGCUAUCUGUCCUGCCAGUCUCACACCGUGAUGGAGAACUACUCCUACUUCUUCUUCCUCAGGAUGGAUGAGAACUACAACAUCCUACCCCAUGGUGUUAACUUUCAAGAUGCCAUCUUUCCUGACACAACUGAGCACAGGCGCAUGUUCUACAGCCUCUUCCAGUUCUCCAACUGCACCCAAGGAAGUCAACCAUUCCACAUCUUCAGUCCUGAAUGGGACACCCAAGAGGACAGCAGGCUGCUGUGCCCCUCGGUGCAGACGGCGCUAUUUGAGGAGGAGGAGCGAGGUCGCAAACUGCAGGAGCGCCUUGCUGCAGCAGAGAGGAGGAACAGGCAACUGAAGGAGCGCGUUCGCAAGGUGAAGCGCUCCCUGAGGAACGCCCGAAAGGCUGCACGCAAGGCCGAGCAGGAGGCUCGUGAGCUGCAAGAGAAGCUGAAGGCUGCAGAGCGGCGAGCGGGGCAUUACCUCAACACCAUAACGCAGGAGGAACCGCCUCCUGGGCGCUACACCAGCACAGGCAUACUACUUUAGCUUGAACUAGUCACAUCCACGAAGACUGAAAUCUCUGUGGAGCGAGAGACUGCUGGGAAGUCUCUACGGAAGAGACAAACAUGUACAC